AUGAGCGGUGUUAUCGAAGCGCUGCAUAUUUUUGAUGAGCACAACCACGCCGUCCUGUCGCACACCUACACCGGGCGGCCGCUCUCUGCCCAACAUCUCCUGCCUCUCUAUCUAGAACACCCCGCGCCACGACCCAACCUCAUCUACCUCCCGAACACGAACCCACCGACCCUCGUCUUCAGCUUGCAUCAUGCGAACCUGCUGUACAUCGCCACGUCCUCGCAAGAGGUCGAACCCCUGCUCGCCCUCGAGUUCAUCCACCGCAUAAUCGACGCAUUCGAAGAGUUUCUCGGCGCACCACUGAUAGCGCACAAGAUUGAGAACAACUACGAUGUCGUGGCCCAGCUGCUCAACGAAAUGUGCGAUGCCGGUACCGUCAACACGACAGAGCCCAACGCGCUGCGAGAUCUCGUCGAGGUCGAGGGGUGGAUGGGCAAGCUGCUCGGCAGCAUAAAUCUCCCAGGGAAACCCGGCAACCUAGCGACGAGCUUCUCCAACUCGAGCGCCCCCUCUCUCAUCCCCUCCAACACGCCCGCUCUGCCCUGGCGCCGCGCCAACGUCCGCCACACGUCCAACGAGCUCUACGCCGACAUUGUGGAGACGCUCACCGUCACUCUCGCUCCCUCGGGCCGACCCCUCGCCGCCUUCGCCAACGGCACGAUAGCCUUCACGUGCAAAGUCUCCGGCGUGCCCGACAUACUCCUCAACCUGACGAGCCCCUCUGGCAAGCACAAUCUUGGCGGCAUCAUGGACUUGCCAGUGUUCCACCCCUGCGUGCGGCUGGCGAGGUGGAAGGAGAGGCCCGGCGAGCUCAGCUUCAUCCCGCCCGACGGACGCUUCAUCCUGGCGGGCUACGAAGUCGACCUGUUGCCGUUUACGGGGGGCAAGGGGGCCAACCUCAAACUGCCCGUCAACAUGGAGAUCAAGACAGGGCUGGGCCCGGCGGGGGCAGAUUUCGAGGUCCGGUUGCACGUGAACAAGAUGAUGCUCAGCUCCGGCGGCGCAUCGUCUGCGUCCUCGAGCCAGUACGGUCGUGGCGGACCGCAUUCCGGGUCGCCAGGGGCGCCGCUGCUCGAGGGGCUCGUCAUCAAGGUGCCGCUGCCGGCGGACGUGCGGAACCUUUCGGAGAUCCGGCCGAGCAAGGGCGACGCGAGCUACAACCCCGGCGAGAAGCUGCUCGAGUGGCAUGUGCCGACAAAGGAUCUGCCGUCGAGCACGUCGUACUUUGGACUUCGGUGCACCGUCGUCGGGCAGCUGCCGGACAAGGACGAGCAGGAGCUCGACCCGUCAGGGUUCGGGUUCGGCAUAGAGUACACUUACAACGAGCCGUACCAAAGCGCAUCGAGCAAGACGAGGGAGGAGGCCGCGGCGGGCGCCGAUGAGGAGAGGGAUGCCAAGAAGGUGGCACAGAACAAGAUGCUGAUGCCCACGUCGGCGUCCGUGAGCUUCUCCGUCAAGGGAUGGCUCGCAAGCGGCAUCAAGGUGGAGAGCAUCAUGAUCGACCCCAGGAAGAGCAAGGGGCUCGGUGACGGGGUCAAGCCGUACAAGGGCGUCAAGUACCUGACGGUCAGCCACGGCGGGGUGGAGAUUCGCUGUUAG